AAAAAAUCACAGCAAACCCCCAAUCUCGUGUCUCCUCCCCUUUCGAGCCUGUCGUUGUCUCAAUAGCUCAAUCCUCAUUCCUUCAGGCUUCAGGGUUCUCAAUGAUCGGCGGCACUGCCCUUACCACCACACGCCGCCUCCGUCUUCUGUGAAAGAUCAAGAAUUCGCCGCCGUCUCAGCUGAUCUUCGCGCGUGCAGUCUACCUGUUCGACGAGAUGCCUACGAAGGUCACGAAGCCGUGGGUGCCGGUUAACUGGACCGGGGAAGCAUCGUCAUCACGCGGGCACUCGGUAGGAGGUGGGGGACUCGAACUCGAGCCCGCCGCUGACCGCCUCAGCGCGCUGCCCGACGUGCUCCUCCACCACGUCAUGUCGUUCAUGAAGGCGUGGGACGCGGUACGCACGUGCGUGCUCUCGCGGCGGUGGCGCGACCUCUGGGCCUCUGCGCCCUGUGUGGACAUCCGUGUGGGGAGGUAUAGCGAACCGCCCCAGGACUUUUCCAAGUUCGUGUACCGGCUGCUGCUUGCUAGGGAGGCCCUUGCGCCGAUAAACACUCUCAGGCUGCGGUCACCAACUGAUUACGACGAGGAUUUCGACAAUUCUGAUGUUAAGAUGUGGAUCCGCCAUGCAAUCAGACUGAAUGCUUGCGCUAUUCAGCUAACUGGUCAUCCCAAUUUGUCUGCGGAGCUUGAUUCUAUAGACUUGGUCUCUCACCACCUCAAAAUCUUGAAACUGGCCUAUACUUUAGUGCUUGAUAGCUUCACCAGACAGCUCUCGUCUCGGUGCCCUUCUUUGGAGGAACUAGAGCUCAAGGACUGUUUGGUAGAGUGCCGCGAGAUUACAUCUGUCUCUCUGAAGAGGUUGACCAUGGUCAAGUGCACUUUUGCAAAGAACUUCUUUGUUAAUGCUCCAAACCUUGUGUUUGUGCAGUGCAUCGCACCAGAUACUUGGGUCCCUGUGUUCAAGAACUUUGGGGUGCUGGUAACAGGUAGUGUGAUGCUUGAUGACUCUUUACUGAGCCGUGACUUUAAAAAGUACCAAUACGAUGAUGAUGAAUAUCCUCAAACAAGUGAUGAUGAUGAUGACAACAACAGUACAUUUGCCCCUGCUAAAUAUGUUCCUGAUUCUGAUGACAGUGAUGAAAUCCUCAGUGAUGAUUCUGAAUUCUUAGAUGAUUUUUAUGAUGAGCAUUUUGAUGAUAUCAAGGACAAUUAUGAUUAUGGAAGUGAUAUCAAUAGUGAUAGUGAAACCUAUGAGUACAGUGAGAUUGCAAAUGACUAUGGAGAUAACCAGUUUGGAACCCGUGAUAAUGAACUUGAUCACACUAGGGGCAGUAAAGAUCAUGGUUGCAGUGCAAAACAUAUCAUUAAUGAUUAUAAAAAUUUUGGUGGCCAAAAUGUUCUUCAUUGCCUUUCAAAUGCUCGACAUCUAGAGCUGUUAGGUCAUUCUGGAGAGGUCAUUAUGAGGAGAGAAUCGUUAAAUUGUCCAACUUUUAGCAACCUGAAGACUUUGGCCCUGGGAGAAUGGUGUAUCAGUACGGUUGCUGACUUCGACAUAUUACUUGUCUUGCUUCAGCAUUCACCUAGUCUGGAGAAGCUUUAUCUUCAGCUUGAAAUGAACCGUGACAUCAAGAAGGCAUUGGUAAGAGGUAUAGAACCAAAGGGGGGAUCAUUUGCUUGCAAACAUCUUAGUAUGGUGAAGAUCAGAUGCACCAAGGACGAUUCAAGAGUCCAUAUGUUGGCGCAGUUGUUUAGGUCUAAUGGCUUGCCGCUCGAGAAGAUUUAUGUCCGUCGGAGUGGGAGUUUCUAUCUUCGUAUCUUGAAGGAGGAGAGGGGUAUUGCCAUCGAUGAACUGCGUAGAUCUUGAUCCGAUUCCUAUUAAAAACAGAAAUGUGCGAUGUGACAAAUAUGUACUCUUUUUCAGUACCUUGUAGACCUGUUUCAGCUCUAGUUGAUGAUUGGAACAUCAUUUAUGCAGAGAACUUGCAGGGCAUGUGGCGAUAGAAUGCAUGAUUGUCUCGCACAUCUCUAUUAAGUUGUCUUGUCAGCUGAUAUCGUUUGAAGAACAAAGUUCAGAUUCGAGCA